AUGUCGGACACACUAUCUGAUGCGGACAAGAUUCGCAAUAAGCGGCUUGCGAAACUAUCAAAUCCAGUCCAGACUUCGAGUGAUGGGAACUCCAAUUCACCACAAACCUCGGCCAAUACCUCUCCUUCACAUUCACCGGUGUCCUCUCAGCCGCCGAAUCGUGUUUACGACGCGCCAGCAACCCCGCAGCAGUCAGAAGGGAAGCGGAUUAAGAUCACACCAGCCACAGCUGCCCCAGAACGUCCACGAUCAAGCAAUUCCUCAGCGCCGAGCACUCCACCACCACCAAAGGUUGAAAGUAUCGAGUCUUUCGAAGACCGGACACUGAGUGCUGUCUUCAGGUUGACCCUCAAGGAAGAAGGCCACCGUGACAUCCAUGGCACGCGCACAUAUUUGCCCGGGCUACGGAGCGAAUUACAGGAUGGGGGCAAGGAACUGCGCAUCCAAAUCUCGGUCCUGGAUCAGGCCCUUCUAGAAGCUGCGUCCCAGGCCGAGGGGGAGCGUCCUCUCGAUUAUCUGCUUCCAUGCUGGAAGCGCAUCACAAAGCUCCACAAAGGAUUCAGGCGGACGGGCGACGGUGACCCUAAAUACCAGGUUCUGUGCGAGGCGCGGCGUCUAUGCAUGAGCUAUUGUAUCUUUGCGAUAACGAUGCCGGAGAUGUUUGGAUUCGAAUCCUCUCCAGCAACAUCGCUAGCCACAUAUCUUAUUGUGGAUCCCGAGGAUGACAAGGGUAUUGAUUUCGAGUUCAUCAACGAGGCUGUCCGGAGAUUUGACGAAGACGACCUUGUCAAGCCUGCCUUUAUAUCUGCCGUCGAGCAAUUGAGCGCAGAGCUUGUUUUCAAGGACAUUAAUAGUGACUACAAGCCAUAUGCCACUGCUCUUCGAAACCUCGUUCGCCAUGCUUCCAUCGCCACGGCAAUCACAGAAUCAAGUAUCUUCAACAGCUCAAUGGACCCUGCCUUAUUCGAGAAAGUUACUCUUUUGGGUCCAUGGUUCAGCUUGUCGCCUUUACAGGCAAAAGUGACCUUGACCUAUUUCUCUAGCCCCAAGACUCGGGACCAAGCAUAUAUCUCCAACGCUCAGCGUUCGCUUCGGAUGACACAACAGAUGCUUAGCUCAGAUCUUUUUGAUAUCAUCAACCACCUAAUCCGGGCUUCGAAAGAGGCCCGCGAUCGUGUGCUGGAUUGGUUUGCUACCGCGUUGAACAUCAACCACAAACGACGCGCAAUGCAGGUAGACCCCAACCAAGUCUCGUCUGAUGGCUUCAUGUUCAACAUUACCACAUGUCUCGACCAGCUCUGUGAGCCUUUUAUGGACCCGGCUUUCACAAAGAUCGACAGAAUCGAUGCGGAUUAUCUUCACCGCGAUUCUCGUGUCGACAUGCGAGAUGAGACCAAAAUCAAUGCUGAUCAGCAUGCUUCCGAUGCUUUCUAUGCUAAGAAGGUUGGAGGAGAUUCUAACUUCAUCACUGAAAUCUUUUUCUUGACUGUCGCUGCCCAUCACUAUGGCAGUGAGUCGCUGACAUCAAAGAUGGAGCAACUUGAGAAAGAUGUUCGACAGAUGGAGAACACAAUUACUAAAUUCGAACUCGAACGUGUUCGGUGGAUCAACAAUCCACGGCAACUGCGCACCUUCGAUACGGCUCUGAAGAAGUACAAAGACAAGCUUGAUCUAGGUAUCGCUCUUAAGUACAGUCUUCAGGGUGUCUUGUUCGAUGAGCAAUGGCAGGCCCGUUCCAUGCUCUUCAUGCGAUAUGUUACUGUCUGGCUUUUGAGACUUGUCUCUGGGAAGAACUUCCCAAAGGAAAAGAUUACACUUCCUCUUCCAGAGCAACAGCCAGAAGUCUUCCAAUGCCUACCGGAAUACUUCUUGGAGGACAUCGUCAGUAACUUCAAAUUCAUCAUGUGGUGCAUGCCACAAAUUAUUACCGCCACCCAGGGAGAUGAGCUAGUCAUGCUCUGCAUCACAUUCCUGGAGAGCUCUGCCUACAUCAAGAACCCCUACUUGAAAGCUGGACUUGUGUCGAUUCUGUUCCGGGGCACCUGGAAACGCCCUGGAGGCGCCAGUGGUGUUCUGGUAGAUCUGCUAAACUCGAUGCCAUUUGCCAAUGACCAUCUCCUCCAUGCUGUCAUGAAAUUCUACAUCGAGGCAGAACACACGGGCGCGCAUACACAGUUCUACGACAAGUUCAAUAUCCGUUACGAGAUUUUCCAGAUUAUCAAGUGUAUCUGGCCUAACACUCUCUAUCGGGAGAAAUUGUCCAUCCAAGCCAGUCAGAAUCUGGAUUUCUUCAUCCAGUACGUCAAUCUUCUUCUGAAUGAUGUGACUUACGUCCUCGAUGAGUCCUUCGGUGCCUUCAAGACCAUCUCCAGCACUCAGGCCGAGCUAAAUACCCAGGGCAACUCGAUGGAUGAGGCAACCCGUCAGCAGCGUGAAGAGCAUUUGGCAUCGGCCCAACGCAGCGCCAAAAGCUACAUGCAACUGACCAAUGAAACGGUGGCCAUGGUCAAGCUUUUCACUGAGGCGCUUGCCGAUUCGUUCACAAUGCCUGAGAUUGUGCAGCGACUUGCAGACAUGCUGGACUACAAUCUCGAUGCAAUGGUGGGACCGAAGAGUUCUAACCUGCGCGUGGAUAACCUCCAGGAAUAUGGCUUUAACCCCCGUGCUCUUCUGAGUGACCUCUUCGACGUUUAUCUCAACCUCAGUGGGAAGGAAAACUUCAUCUUGGCUGUUGCUCGGGAUGGCCGAUCCUACAAACCAGCCAACUUCGAAAAGGCGGCCGAGAUCAUCCGCAAGUGGUCAUUGAAGUCCCCCGAGGAGCUGCGUCACUGGUCUCAAUUCCAGAAGAAGGUGCAGACUGCCAGGGAAGCGGAUGAGCAAGCGGAGGAAGACCUGGGCGAUAUCCCCGACGAAUUCCUCGACCCUCUUAUGUACUCACUCAUGGAUGACCCGGUGAUCCUUCCUGGGUCACGGGUCUCCAUUGACCGCGCCACGAUCCGCUCCCAUCUUCUCAGUGACCCCCACGACCCCUUCAACCGUGUCCCAUUGAAGAUAGAGGAUGUGGUGCCUGACACUGAUCUGAAAGCCAAGAUCGAAGCUUUCAAGAAGGAAAAGCUGGCUGGCAAACGGAAAGAAAUGGUGCAUGAUCAGAUGGACACAUCUGCUUGA